GCUUCUCCCUCCGCUGGCCGCAUCAUCUCCUCCCGCAGAGCCUAGUGGAGCAGCAGCGUCUCUCACCUCCACCUCCAGCUAUAUGCCUACGAGGGCUGCCCAGCGGCGGUGGGGAUAUUUUAUCGAUACUCUCUACCUAAUGUGACAAUUUUAUACAACUGCUUGAAAUACCGGCUGAAGCAAUGGGAGCCUUUGGAGUGAUAGUAGGGAUUUUACAGUACGCGGGACUUUACAUUCAACUUAACGCGGCUCUCAACGCCGGACACGGCGAGGUGGAUAAUCACAUCUCUGGAAAUGCUCUCUUUACAGAGGUGCCACAUGACAUCACGACGCAGAGUGGUGAAGAUGUAGAGAUGGCUUGUUCCUUCCGUGGGGCAGGCUCUCCCUCCUACUCCCUGGAGAUCCAGUGGUGGUACAUGAAGGACCACAGAGACUGGCAAGAGAAGACUGCCCAGAUGACUAAUAAUGUUGUACCCCUGGAGGAAACGUCCAAAGAUGCCACCAAAAUUAGUGUGGUAAAAGUGGCCGGCAGCAACAUCUCCCACAAGCUCCGUCUUUCCAGUGUCAAGCCGUCAGACGAGGGCACGUAUGAGUGUCGUGUCAUUGACUUCAGCGGCACCGUGGCGCAGCACCACCAUGUUCGCGCCUACCUCCAGGUGGAGCCUGAGAGGAGUCAGGGGUCAGAUGACGUCAAGCUGCAGGAGCCAGGACGACAGUCGCAGGGGAAACACCCACACCCCCACCACCAGACAGGGGGCAGGGAACUGAAGAGGAGAUCUGCUGACAGCACCACUGACUGCAAUGAGAGCUGUGUGCUUUAGAGUAGGCAGUCUGCCUGCCUGUCUGCAUGUUCAUGACUUAUAAGAGGGACGGUCAUCAACACACACGUCACCACAGAGUUGAGGCAUCAGACAUAACUGGACCCUUUGUGUUUCACGGUUUGUUUGUCUUUAAUCUAUAAUAUUGCUGUUUGGAUGCCAAUGCUCUUGAAUGCCAAUACAGGGCACGAUUUUAUUGACAGUACAUAUAUGAUUGUGUUCUUUUUGUUGUUUUGUUAUUGUCUCUGUGCGUUUUCCUAUUGCAUUAAGUUUAUGUUAAUGGGACAGUAAGGCUGUUUUAAGAGAGAACUUUUAUUUUGUUAUUUUGUCUGAGCAGGACUCUUUCAGUGGACAAGCAGCUAGAGCUUUUCCUCACAAACUACAAGGCAGUUGAGAGUCAGAAUUACCCUGGAUACCGUAAAUAAUAAUUAACUUAUACAGACACAGAGCAGACCAUUUCCUUUGCAAUGUGCCAGUUCUACUGUCGUUUACCAAAACAUGCCAGAAGCUACAGUAUUUCAAUGUAAAUGCUUUCUAAGGAAAAUAAAGAAUAAAUCAAGCUUUUUUCUUGCAUCUGAAAACUUUUCAGUGCAUUGAUUUGAUUUAUGUAAUUAAAGUUACAGUUUGAGAGAAAACUAUCUGUAUUUAGCUUUCUAAACCACGACUAGAAUGUUUGUCAAAAUAGAAAUGUAUGCCUUCAUCACAUCACGAUAAUAUAUAAAUGCUUGUGUAUAUUCACACUUGGCACUGUAGACUUUUACUGUUAUCAUUAAAAUAAAGUUUACUCUGUGCUACUUCACCAAAUGACUAGAAACACAACUAUAAUGUUAAUCACUCUAAACUUUUGUCAUCAUUUUCUCAACUACAAUAUAACUUUUUGUCUAAACUUUUAUGGAGUUUGUCAUCUGAAUCUCGACUGUGUUUGUUCUAAGUGCUGCUGUUUGGUAUCUGUUCUGUUAAAUACAUUCAUUUAAAAUGA